UUACUGGACCGUGUGGCUCCGUGGAAGACUUUAAGUGGAUCUUUUUUGUGUGUGUGUGCGGGGAUUUCGUCAGUGACGUCACCAUGACUCUGGAGGACGUCUCCGUCAGCAGCGACAAGAUGGAGCAGCUGGGGCGCGCGCUUGAGGAGGUCCUGGUGUCGGCCCGGCUGCGCGAGUCUCUCACCGUGGGCGUGUACGAGUCCGCCAAGCUCAUGAACGCGGACCCAGACAGCGUGCGUCUGUGCGUGCUGGCGGCCGACGUGGAGGACGAGGAUGACGUCGCUCUCCAGAUCCACUUCACGCUGCUCCAGGCCUUCUGUCGCGACUAUGACGUCAACAUGGUGCGCUUGGCGGGGGUCACGCGCCUCGCGCAGCUGAUCGACGACGACGACAGCGAGCCUCGCGACCUGCACUGCAUCCUGGUCACGAGCCCACCCAUGCAGCCGCUGGAGUGCCCCGCCCUCCGUGACGUCAUCAGCUUUUGCGAGGAUAGCCGCGGCAAAAACCAGUGGGUCCCCCGGGUCGACCUGAUGGACCGCUGAACCGGGCCCCAUCACACCGCCAAGAGGCGGGGCCAAACGAUCCAGACCAAGAAAGAGGCGGAGCUCACGCUCGCCGUCCGCCAGGUUUUCGGAGGUCCGACAGCGAUGCUUCGUGUCCUGCGUGGCGACUCGAGUGACGCCGGAUGGACAGAUCAUGUGACUGACGUGUCGGGCGACUUGAUGCUAAGCUAACAAGCUCACACAACAAGACACGCCUCCUUGGGGAGGGCGUGGCGACAUGUUGGCGACAGUGUAGCGUACAUGUAAUGAGUUACACUGCUUUCAAGUAGUCGGAUUACAUUAUUCUAAUGUAAAAUAAAAUAUAGUGUUU